CUCGCUUCGGGUCACACUAUUUUCCCCCUUUUCUCUCUCCCCUUCACUUUCCGCAAUCCCUAUUUUCCCCCUCAUCUCGCUUUCCGGCCGAAAUCGGUCCGCCGGUCUCAGGAAUCUCCGCCGCGAACCUCCUCUCGACGCCGAAGAAAAAGGAAGACAGAGAGAUAAUCGAAGAAUAAUGUGGCUGGCAUGCGUGUGGGAGGAGAAAGAGAAAGAGCUCGGGAGGCAACAGGCUCCGGGAACUUGCCCUUUCUGUCAAGGCAAAGUGUACGCCAUUGAUGUGGAGAGGCGAUGGAAGCUCUGUUUCCUCCCGCUCUGCCUCAAGAUCAAGAGGAAGUAUCUCUGUACUCUCUGCUCUCGCCGCCUCGAAUUGUGCCACUGGUAGUACAAUCUGUAAAAAUUAGGUCUCGGUUCGGACCGAUCGCGCGAUUCGUCGUCUAAUUGAACCGCUUCUCUUGUUCUUGUUCGUGUUCUUGUUUAUUCCGUGAAGUUUAAUUGAGUUUUGGUGAUUCGGAUCAGGAUCCUAAUUUGGAUCUGACUCGAAUUAGAUGCAUUUAAUCUAAUCGCGUUUUGCUUUUGUACAGUAUCCAUAAACUGUAGAUAGAGGUUUUUUUUUCCUUGAUUGAAA